GGUAAUUUACACCAUCAAAUUGGCGCCACCCGUGGGACCUCUUUACAAAAAGAAGCCAUCAACAAUAUGGAAUCCAUCAUUUCCCAAACUUCCACCCCAGCAGAGGGCGUUACCCUUAUCCCGGGAGGAAUCACAUCAUUACCUUCUCUCUUCUCCCCCAUGAUCACCACCUUCACUACUCAAACAGCCCCGGGUCAGGCCCUCCAAAACUUUGGACAAAUUAUGCCCAUUUUCCAACAACCCAGGGGAUUUACUCUUUUCAUCCCUGGGAUGUAUCCACAUGCUUUUGUCCAAAAUACAUCUCUUCCCAACAUGUUGGGGCAUCCCCGGUCGUUUCAAAUGGUCAGUACCUCCCGAUCGGUCACCUCGACAAAUCUAGCCGGGGAGCUGGAAAGGGCAGGCCCUUCUCGGCCUAGGAGGAGCAGAUCCCACAAGCUCCACACUCAGGUCAUACCCGAUGAGGACGUGCGCUCUGUGCGCAGCAGGGAUGAAGACUCAGAUAUUCCCAAAGGCCAGAAAAAGCUGCAGGGCAAAGCCGUCCAGCCAGAAGGUUCACGACGCUCGGCCGUGAACAAAGAGAUUGAGAGUUCGAACGGCUGGGUCAAAAUCCUGCAGCCGGUUGCUCAAGAUCCCACUGCUCGGGUGGAUGGCUUGAAGACUGCCCGGGUGGAUGACUUGAAGACUGCUCGGGUGGAUGACUUGAAGACUGCCCGGGUGGAUGACCUGAAGACUGCCCAGGUGGAUGACCUGAAGACUGCCCGGGUGAAUGACCUGAAGACUGCCCAGGUGGAUGACCUGAAGACUGCCCGAGUGGAUGACCUGAAGACUGGAUGGCUUGAAGACUGACUGGCCGGAAGAACAAGAACGUGCUUGACGUGCUUGACGUGCUUGUUUUUAUUAUAAAUACCCCUAAAAGCCUCAUUUGUGAGGCAUGCUUUAAUUAAUCUGUACGACUUGUACUUUGUAAUAGUCCCAUUAUUAUCAAUAACAAACCGGGUUACAGGUGUUUCCACCUACAGCCCUUCCGAUCACUUACACUUAGCAUUUGCGUGGUAAUUUACACCAUCAUUACCCAUAACUAACAUGUCUGGCCCGAUCAAAAAGCACAGCUACUAAUGAAGCGGCAUGUAAAUG